CAGCUCAGUUGAUCUCGCAGCUCGAUAGAGUUCGGUUCUGUAAACCAACAUAAAACACUGCUCAGCGGUUUUAAAAAUUGCGUUUAAAAACAAAUAUUUUUCGGACAAAUCGCAAUGGCUGCCAACAAAUUGUGCUGCACCCUGGCUAUUGGCGCUCUAUUGUGCCUGGGAUUCGCGGCUCUCAUUCAAGCUCAGGAUAAGCCGGUGACUGAUGUGUGCCUGGGAUGCAUCUGCGAGGCCACUUCUGGCUGCAACCAGACCCGUUUCUGUGGCUCUGGAGUCUGCGGCCUGUUUCGCAUCACCUGGGCCUACUGGUCCGACGGCGGCAAGCUGACCUUGGGCAACGAGAGUCCCCAGUCGGAGGAGGCCUAUGCCAAUUGCGUGAACGACCCGUUCUGCGCGGCCAACACCAUCCAGAACUACAUGACCAAGUUCGGGCAGGACUGCAAUGGAGAUGGCGCCAUCGACUGCUACGACUAUGCGGCCAUCCACAAGCUGGGCGGCUACGGGUGCAAGGGCGAGCUGAGCUACCAGUACCAGACGCAGCUGACCAACUGCCUCAAUUCGUUCCAGCACAUCGACGUCCGCAUCAGCAAGUGAUCGCACUACCUUGCUAAGCUUAUGUCCUAAUUAAAUUUAAAUACUGUAAUGACUAAUAA